GCGCGCAUUUCCAUUUUAAACCGCCGCCCGCCCGCCCCUCGACCGACCGCGGCCGGCGCAACCACCCGCGCGGCACGGAACCUCGGGAGAGGCGGAGGCUGCCGGACUGCCGAGCUGUGCAGGAAAAGGCCCUGGGAUGCGCUUCGGCCCAGCGCACUAGACAAUGAAGCCGCGGGCGCUGCUGCCCGCCGCGGGCUUUGCGCACCCAGGCCGCACCUGCCGGCGAGGCGGGUUCCGUGCCUGAGCGCCCACCCGGCCCCUCAUGGCUCGGCUCUCCGGGUGCGGACCCCGGCAGUCGGGCCGCGUGGCACGCGGACGGGCGGACUCCAGGGGCGCUGUUCCCGCAGCCUGAGCGCGGGCCUCGCUGCGCGCGGGGGGCGUGGGCGCCGCUCCCUGCCCGCUUGGGCUCUGCACCUGGCCAGCUCUGCGCCUGAGGCGCGCGUCCCGGCAGCCCGCGGCGCUAGAUGCAGCCGGGCCUCGGAGGGCGGCGAGGCGGCCGCGGCCCCUGGGGACAUGUACCUGCUGGACGGCAGCGGCGAGCCCGCGUCUUCGCCUGCGGACACGAUGUCGCGUGGGACGCCCCCCAGGAAGACGGUCUACCGCAUCUCGGUGACCAUGGUCAGGAAGGAGCAGCUGGCCGCUCCGGCUCCACGUCCUACUCGGCGGUCCCGGCCCGCGCGCUCCCCGGAGGCGCCCGGGCGGCUGGAGGAGGAGGCCGAGGAGGCGGCGGCUGAGGAUCCUGAGAUCGGGCCGCGCGCCUGGGACUUCCGCGCCUUUCGCACACGCAGCACCGGGCAGCUGGAGCUCGGGCGGCUGCGGCCGUGCGCACGCGACACGGAACCCACGGACCUGAUGGGUAGCCCCACGACUGAGGGGCCCAGCAGUCCUGAUGGGGAGGAGGCACGGGCCGCGCCCCUGCGGCGGAGCCUCAGCUUUAGGCACUGGAGCGAGCCCGAGGCGCCGCGGAGCCCUGCGCUGAGCGGCGGGAGGCGCCACAGCAGCUCUGGAAGCCUGGCAUGGAUGCCCGACGACGAGGUCGAGGCGGACGUCGUCCCAGAACCGGUGGCUGGAGUGCAGCCGGCUGCUGAGAAGCGCAACACCUUGGACGUGGGCGAGGUGCUCAGCAAGAACGAUGCCCUCUCAGACCUGGAGCGCUGGGAGCGCAGCAAGAGCAAGAACCGCACGCUGGACAACAGCGACCUGCAGCGGCUGGAGCGCGCGCGGGCCGCGGCUGCCGGCCCUGGGGCCGCCUCGGAGCACCGGCUGCUGCGUUUCUUCAGUGGCAUCUUCGCGCGCAGGGACGGCGGGCCCUCACCCCGCAGCGGCGCCCUACGCUCGCGCGGUUACUUCAGCCUGCGGCGGGCCCCGGCCGACACGCACUCAUCCAGUGCGGAGAGCAUCGAGGGGUCCCCGCGCAGAGAUGCUUUCGUGAACAGCCAGGAAUGGACACUCAGCCGAUCGGUACCAGAGCUCAAAGUGGGAAUUGUGGGUAACCUGGCCAGUGGCAAGUCUGCGCUGGUGCACCGGUACCUGACAGGCACAUACGUGCAGGAGGAGUCUCCGGAAGAUAUGGACGCAGGUGGCAGGUUCAAGAAGGAGAUUGUUGUUGAUGGACAGAGUUAUCUGCUGCUGAUUAGGGAUGAAGGGGGUCCCCCGGAGGCACAGUUUGCCAUGUGGGUGGACGCGGUCAUCUUUGUCUUCAGCUUGGAGGAUGAGAUCAGUUUCCAGACCGUCUACCAUUACUACAGCCGAAUGGCCAACUACAGGAACACCAGUGAGAUCCCACUAGUGCUGGUGGGGACCCAGGACGCCAUAAGUUCCACCAACCCGAGGGUCAUCGAUGACGUCAGGGCUCGGAAGCUCUCCAAUGACCUGAAGCGGUGCACGUACUAUGAGACGUGCGCCACCUAUGGGCUCAACGUGGAACGGGUCUUCCAGGACGUUGCCCAGAAGAUUGUUGCCACGAGGAAGAAGCAGCAGCUGUCCAUAGGCCCCUGCAAGUCCUUACCCAACUCUCCAAGCCACUCCUCUGUGUGUUCUGCCCAAGUGUCCGCAGUACACAUCAGCCAGACAAGUAACGGAGGUGGGAGUUUAAGCGACUACUCAUCGUCUGUCCCUUCGACCCCAAGCACCAGCCAGAAGGAGCUUCGGAUCGACGUCCCUCCCACUGCCAACACUCCAACGCCCGUCCGGAAGCAAUCCAAGCGCAGGUCCAACCUAUUCACAUCUAGGAAAGGGAGCGACCCAGACAAAGAGAAGAAAGGCCUGGAGAGCCGCGCGGACAGCAUCGGGAGCGGGCGAGCCAUCCCAAUUAAACAGGGCAUGCUCCUGAAGAGAAGUGGCAAGUCACUAAACAAAGAGUGGAAAAAGAAGUACGUCACCCUGUGUGACAAUGGUGUGCUGACCUACCACCCCAGUUUACAUGACUACAUGCAGAACGUCCAUGGCAAAGAGAUAGACCUCUUGAGAACCACUGUGAAGGUGCCGGGGAAGAGGCCGCCCCGAGCCACGUCAGCCUGUGCGCCGAUCUCCAGUCCCAAAACCAAUGGCCUGGCCAAGGACAUGAGCAGUUUACACAUCUCACCAAAUUCAGGGAAUGUCACUAGUGCGUCUGGGUCUCAGAUGGCAAGCGGCAUCAGCCUGGUCUCCUUCAACAGCCGACCCGAUGGCAUGCACCAGCGCUCCUACUCAGUCUCCAGUGCCGACCAGUGGAGUGACGCUACAGUCAUUGCAAACUCAGCCAUCAGCAGUGCCUUUUCCGGUUCUGCCGCAGACACGGGGCUGGGCGACUCGGUGUGUUCCAGCCCAAGUAUCUCCAGCAGCACCAGCCCCAAGCUCGACCCACCCCCCUCCCCCCACGCCAACAGAAAGAAGCACCGGAGGAAGAAAAGUACCAGCAACUUCAAGGCCGACGGGCUCACGGGCACCGCUGAAGCCAAACGCAAAGCAUGGAAACUAAACCGUGUUGGUAGCCUGCGAAACAUAUACAGCAGCAGCAGCACCAACACCGAAGAGCAAGAAGAAAACUUGGAGUUUAUCAUUGUGUCCCUCACUGGCCAGACGUGGCACUUUGAAGCCACCACAUACGAGGAGCGAGACGCAUGGGUCCAAGCCAUCGAGAGCCAGAUCCUAGCCAGCCUGCAGUCCUGUGAGAGCAGCAAGAAUAAGUCCCGACUCACCAGCCAGAGCGAAGCCAUGGCACUGCAGUCAAUCCGUAACAUGAGAGGGAACUCGCACUGCGUGGACUGUGACACCCAGAACCCCAACUGGGCCAGUUUGAACUUGGGAGCCCUCAUGUGUAUCGAGUGCUCAGGGAUCCACCGGAAUCUCGGCACCCACCUCUCUCGGGUCCGAUCGCUCGACCUCGACGACUGGCCCAUGGAGCUGAUCAAGGUGAUGUCCUCCAUCGGGAAUGAGCUGGCCAACAGCGUGUGGGAAGAGGGCAGCCAGGGCCGGACAAAGCCCUCGUUGGACUCCACCAGGGAAGAAAAGGAACGGUGGAUCCGGGCCAAGUAUGAGCAGAAACUCUUCCUGGCCCCACUGCCAUGCACAGAGUUCUCCCUGGGCCAGCAACUGCUACAUGCCACUGCUGAGGAAGACCUGCGGACUGUCAUCCUGCUUCUGGCACACGGGUCACGGGAUGAGGUGAAUGAGACCUGUGGGGAAGGAGAUGGUCGCACAGCCCUGCACCUGGCCUGCCGCAAGGGCAACGUGGUCCUGGUUCAGCUGCUGAUCUGGUACGGGGUGGACGUCAUGGCCCGAGACGCCCACGGGAACACAGCACUGGCCUAUGCCCGUCAGGCCUCCAGCCAGGAGUGUAUCGACGUGCUUCUACAGUACGGCUGCCCCGACGAGCGCUUUGUGCUCAUGGCUACCCCCAACCUGUCCAGGAAGAACAACAGCAGGAACAACAGUAGCGGCAGGGCGCCCAGUGUCAUCUGAGCUCAGCCAACACUCCACCCGGGAUUCACCCGGGAUUCCACGCCCACCUGCUCCGGAAGUUGCAACACCACGUGAGUCUCUCAGUUCCCUCCCUCUUCCUGGUGGACGCCUUCCACCCACCUGCCACUCACUCACCCCACACGAAAUCUCCAAACCUGGACAUCCUCAAGGGGAGAAGAGGCUGCAGGCUACAGAACGGAACUCUUUUCCCACCCUCCGGAAGCAACGUAGGAGGGACCGACCACCUCCCGGCUUUGAGGAUAGCACACGACAACGGGGGACCCCUGUUCCAGUGGCCUGGAGACGGAGCGGGGGGAGGGGCAGCAAGGAGAAGGGGCAGCGUCCCCUAACUGGCAGUUAAGCACAUCAGUACAUUUCGCCUCGACCAAAAAGGAGGCUUGGAUUUCACGUCUUCUCGGGGGAGCUUGACGGCAUAAAUCAGAAGCAAGCACAGUUUGUCAGGUCUGAAGCCCCUAUGAUGGUAGGUGUCAAAUCAGUUGUAGCUAAUCUGUCCAGGGAGAAUACUGGCUUCAUUACACUUGUAUAGUCGAGUUCCUCCAGCAUUACCGCUGUUUAAUAGAACGUGAUUAGUCAUCACCGGGAAGAAGGCAUAUUAGCCGAGGAGGUAGUUACACGGCACGCUCCGGUGAUUGCCACGAUAUGAUUGCCGUGCGCCUAGCAGCAUCAUAUUACCCUAGACGUGUCUCUCCAGCCCUCGGAGCCCUCCUUCCCAAAUUCACUGUCAUAAUUUAGUAUCUGUUUAAUUUUUCAGUCCAAAGAGAGGAAAUCAGUUGCCGGGUAUUAUUUGACUCCAUUCCCCUUUCUUGGUGCAAAAACAAAAUGGAAAAAAAAAAAAAGUAAAUAAAGAGCAACUUGGAAAUUCUAAAAGAAAUCAUGAAUUCAGCUGAAAACGGCUUUCAAAUGUGUUCCAAAACUAAGUAAAUACGUAAAAGGAUUUUUUUUUCCUGAGAGAUUUUUUUUUUUCUGUACUUUGGCCACAACGGAUGUGUCAGGCCUCAGCCACUCCCGAUCCACAAAGUCUGAAUCACCCAGGUUUCUGUCAUAGAUAAGAUGUGUGAAAAUCUAUUCGAAUAAAAGUUCAUAAAUAUGCA